AUGGGUGCUUCACAUUCACAGUCGGUCUCUGAAAAAUCCAUCCAUGAAUUCGCAGUAAAGGAUAGCAGAGGUAAGGACGUGGACCUCAGCCUUUACAAAGGGAAGGUCCUCCUCGUUGUUAACGUUGCUUCCAAAUGUGGAUUUACUGAUACGAAUUACACUCAGUUGACCGAGCUUUACAACAAAUACAAGGACAAAGGUCUUGAGAUCCUGGCAUUUCCGUGCAAUCAGUUUCUGAAGCAAGAGCCUGGGACAAGCAAGGACGCGGAAGAAUUUGCAUGUACAAGAUACAAGGCUGAAUAUCCGAUAUUCAAGAAGGUACGUGUCAAUGGGCCAGAAGCAGAACCUGUUUACAAAUUCCUCAAAGCAAGUAAAACUGGAUUUCUGGGGAAUAGGAUAAAGUGGAACUUCACCAAGUUCUUGGUUGACAAGGAUGGCCAUGUCAUCGAACGGUACAGCCCAACCACGUCUCCUUUGAGCAUUGAGGCUGAUAUCAAGAAAGCUCUGGGGGAGGUGUGA